UGACACCACGUUUCAAGUUGCGCUUAAAAGCACUGAUGCAAAAUAUAAUGAUAAGAUUAAAGAUCGACACUUGUGUCUAAUUGGCUGAUAAUUUAACAUCGCGAGGUCACGCUAGAUUCCGAAAUCUCGGGAGAUUUUAACACGAGCUGUUUGUCAAGUCUUUAAUAAAGGAGAGAGCCACUCGACGCGAUGAUAAGAUAUUCAUCUCUGAGGUUUAGUGUUUAGGUUUUUAGCAAACAAGUUGUGUAGGGCUUCGAAUUUCAGGAUUGUGUUUGUAUAGCGCAAAUACUGCAAGUCGGUGACAAGGAUAUUCGUUUAUAGACAGGGAUUUACACUGCGACGCGAAUAAAUUUGGAGAUAAAAAUGAAACAAGUGCAGCAUAAAUUGAAAUUACGGACUCGUUAACAGGCCAUCGAUGAAUGAGUGCCAUUCAUUCCGUGGCGAUAUAAUUGCGUUAAAUGUUUUCUGAAAGGAUAUAGACUGUUAAACCAAAUGCUAUAUGAUAUGUGCAAACCAGAGAUCGGGGAUUCAUAAUAGCCGACCAGACGCCUUAAUUUCUGGACUAUGUUUGCUGAACGUGGCUCUGUGGAAUAAUGAUGCUUUAUUAGUAACGGAUGUUGGUUGUCUCUUGGUUCCCGGCCUUACUGACGGAAGUCGCGCCAGAUGACGGGAGCCAGCAGCAGCAUCCCCAGCAAGAUGUUCCGCUGGUUGAAGGACAAAAAGAAUCGGAAACAGGACCGGAAGCAACGACCCGAAGACGACUACGGGUUCAGAAAGCGUCAGAUAAUUCUCCAGGAAACUGAAAACGGACAUAGCGUCAUCAUCAAGGAUGACGAAACGACUGUAGUUUACCCACAAAGCUUUUGUAAAUUCCACUUCCGGGCACGGAUGCCCACUCCAGUCCAGAAUGUGAAAGAAACGUCGUCCCACAUUUAUGACGAAAUUCCAGAAAGCAUUGUUCGAAAUCGUCUGGGUGUAGGUGCGAGCCACGUUAAUGAUGCGGACUUGAUCAAAGAUACCCGUGCUGCGACCGCGCCUAUGUUGAAUUCUAGAGUAGAUUUAAACAAUGCAAUAGAAGUCGGUCCGUACUUAAUUGUGCCAAUAGUCAAUCCGAAUACCGGAACUAAGAAUGGCGAUGUAGAAAUAUUUAAGAGAAACAGUGACCCAUGCGGAAAGAACGCUGACUUUCCUAUAUGUCAUUGUCAAGAAAUCGGGUGUUUUGAGUGUAAGGUCACUGACCUCAGGAACGACCCAUCUCAAACAUGGAGUUCGCAGAUUCCAGGAGACGCCAUAAAAGACGCUAAGAUCGUUCUUACCCGCUGCGUGAAGUCGAAACAAGGAUUAAAAGACGCUACCAACGUUCAACCGGAAAAUGAAGUCCUUCGUUCAGACCUGUGUUCAAAUUCAAACGGUGCUCAAAGUCAAAACAAUACGCAAUGUGCUUUCAGGAUAUUUGCGGACUCCCCUAGUAAUGACAGCAAUUCACGGACAUUGACGCCUGUUUCGUCCCCGCAAACUCCCGACAACCUGUCGGACAGACCCGAAUCAUGUGCAAUAACCGACGACGAAAUCGUAGCAACCGAAAAGGAGGCAAAAGACAUUUCUAGUACUUCACCAAAGCCUAAAAGUGCAUUUCGAUUGAAGGAACAUGACGGAAACGAAACCGGAUAUGAAUAUGAUCUCAGUACUUCCGGUGGAAGUGCGCAGUCGCGAGACGGUGAGCGCGUGACAGACCGGAAAGACUAUGAGGACUAUCUUUCAAAAAUCGAGUCAAAUCUCCUUCAUAAACAGAAUGUGCGAAAAAUAGUGCACGGCAUAGACAAUAUAAACAUUGACAAUUGUGCUGAAAACUGCGAUAGCAGUGACAUAGCAUCCAUGACGUAUGUUUCUAGUCUGUCUGAAUAUUCAUCCGCGACGAGUCACAUUAGCGGUAAUUCGGCCGACAAUUCGUGCUCCGACGAAAGCAGUGGAUAUUUCGAAUGUUUGGACAAAACACCAGGUGCUAUAACUAAAACUAGGUGCAGUCCAAACAGCAAACAGCGAACUGGUUUAGAACGCUCACUAUCAAUGCCUUCCGAGCGACAACCCUCGAAGAAAAAGGUGUCCAAAAGGCACAAAGACAAAUCUAUAAGUAAGACGAAUGCAACAAAAACUGACCGCAGUAAAUCGUUUGAUUCGCGAAUUUACAAAGCGCUUUCUGAUGAGGAUAGAGAACUCUACAAAUUUCCGUCCGCUUCAAACACCGGAAGUUCUGUGAGGUCGAGGCACGGGCGGGGGAAACCGGUCCCGUUGGCCCCUCAACCCACGCCUGUAUAUAUGGACCCUUAUAGGGGCAAAUCGCGGAGCCAUAAUAGACUUCUGGGGGAUCUUAUUCGCAUGAAUUAUGACAAGCAGCUGUUCUUUCAUUAAGCAGCUGUUCUUUUAUCAAGCAGCUGUUAAUUUAUUAUUAUUUUAUAUAAUUGAUCCUCGCUUUGGGAUAACAGGGUUUGAUGCAUGUGUGUAAAGUGUCAUCCCAGAACAGCAUGUGCAGUUUGAGGGAAUGAUCUUCGUAGGGAAAAUCUAGUUUAGACGGAAAGUGUUGUUCAGUUUCCCAGAGCGAGUGUCAACUAUUUUGUUAUAUUUUGCCUACUGAAAACUACUACAAAACGUGUGUUAAAUGAUCUAAAAAAAUUGUCUCGCAUACUUAUUCGAGCAUUCUUAAAAUUGAUUGCAUAAAUUUAUUUCAACAAUAUUAUCAAUAGCUCUAAUUAAUGACGUACAAGGUAUGGCAAUAAUCACACUAAAGGACACACCAAACUAUAUUUACUAUGUAUGCGUAAAAGACAUUUAGAAUGUCUCUAAUUAGUUUCGUUUUCGAAAUUUGAAUGGCAUAAAAUGUUGUCUCCAUAAAUUCACAUCAUUUCGUUAAUACAUUUUAGCCACAAAUGUUUUGCUUAAACGAUACGCUUAUAUUUCUUUUGUAACGGAUGAUGGUCGAUUACACACAUUAUAUAAAUAUUUUUUAAGGAAAACUUAUAUUUAAAUCACUAGUAUACCGUUUCGUAUGCCUUAAUGCAUGUAAAAACAAACGUCAAGUCCAAACAGGUCUUGUUAUGCAAAGUUGUGUCAUCGUUACUUAAAGGGACUUUUUCAUAGACGAAAGAAACUGCAUUUUUCAUUUUUCCACAAAUUCAAUAACUAAAAGAACACUGAACACUAAGGAGCGAAAUAAAACUAAUUAGUUGGAGUCAUUCUGGAAAAAAGUUUUCGUUUAUGAGUAAUUGUCAUAAAAAAUUAAUAAAAUAAUGAAGCGUUACAUACGCGAAAUGAUUGAUAAUUUUUUAUAUAAACUAAAGGCAUAUCAUUAUUUGAUAUAAGUUAAAGUCCGGAUGGCCAGGUGUUUAAGAUAACUCCAAAGGUAUGAGGAUCGAGUCCAGUUGGGAAUGAAAUCCAUGAACGGGAGAAACUUAUUUGUUUUAUAAUAGUAGUGUUUUCAAUUGAAGCCCGUUAGUUCCGAUUUUAAACUUUGUCGAUUUCAACCAUUUUAUGACAAACUUAGAAAAUGACAACAAUGUGAACAAGUUUCUUUAAUGUAAAUUCUUGACAUAAGCCAGUUAUAUGCAGCUUAUUUGGACUGAGCGGUAUUAUGCAUGUAAACAAAUGAAAUGAAAACAACUUAUAUUUUAUAUAAGACACUCUGUUUUCAUUUUAAUUUAUGUUCAAAUGACACUUAUUUAUGUCUUCCAAGAGACGUGUUCAUGUUAAUAAAUCAUUGUAAACCA